AUGAUCAGCUCCGUGUGCGUCUCCUCUUACCGGGGGCGCAAGGCGGGCAACAAGCCGCCGUCGAAAACAUGUCUGAAGGAGGAGAUGACCAGGGGGGAAGACUCGGACAAGAUCACCAUCAACGUGGGCGGCACUCGGCAUGAGACCUACAAGAGCACCCUGAGGACGCUGCCCGGAACCCGCCUGGCGUGGCUGGCCGACCCGGAGACCCAGCCCGGGUCCGACCCCCCGGCCGCUGCGCCCCCGGCCUCCAGCGAGCUCUUCUUCGACAGACACCCGGGCAUCUUCGCCUACGUGCUCAACUACUACCGGACCGGCAAGCUGCACUGCCCGGCGGACGUGUGCGGGCCCCUGUUCGAGGAGGAGCUCGCCUUCUGGGGGAUCGACGAGACGGACGUGGAGCCGUGCUGCUGGAUGACCUACCGCCAGCACCGUGACGCGGAGGAAGCCCUGGAGAUCUUCGAGCCGCCGGACCCCGAGGACACCGAGGACGACAGGGAGGUGUCGAGGCGGUUCGGCAUCGAGGACUGUCCCGACAGGUCCAGGAGCUGCUGCCAAGUUUGGAUGCCGAAGGUCUGGGCCCUGUUUGACGACCCCUACUCGUCCAGAGCAGCCAGGGGAGUUGCAUUUGCCUCUCUCUUCUUCAUCCUGGUGUCCAUCACCACUUUCUGCCUGGAGACACACGAGGCCUUCAAUGAACUGCAAAACCGCACAGAGCAGGUUGUCGUGGGCAACGUCACACGCAACGUGGAGAGGAGGGAGAUGGUGACCAAGCCCAUCCUCACCGUGGUGGAGGGCGUCUGUGUGGUCUGGUUCACGUUUGAAUUCCUGGUGCGUAUCAUCUGCUGCCCAGGCAAGGUGGUCUUCAUCAGGAACUCACUCAACAUCAUCGACUUUGUGGCCAUUCUGCCCUUCUACCUGGAGAUGGGCCUGAGUGGUCUGUCAUCCAAAGCUGCCAGUGACGUGCUGGGCUUCCUCCGAGUGGUGCGGUUUGUUCGGAUCCUUCGGAUCUUCAAACUGACGCGACACUUUGUCGGCCUGCGCGUGCUGGGACACACACUGAGGGCCAGUGUCAAUGAAUUCCUCCUCCUCAUCAUCUUCUUGGCACUGGGUGUUCUCAUCUUCGCCACCAUGAUUUACUACGCUGAGCGCAUCGGGGCCCAGCCCGACGACCCCACAGGCUCCAACCACACACACUUCAAGAACAUCCCCAUCAGUUUCUGGUGGGCAGUGGUUACCAUGACGACACUGGGCUACGGAGACAUGUACCCACAGACGUGGUUGGGCAUGAUGGUGGGGGCCCUGUGCGCACUGGCUGGGGUCCUGACCAUUGCCAUGCCGGUCCCCGUCAUCGUCAAUAACUUUGGGAUGUACUACUCGCUGGCUAUGGCCAAACAGAAACUGCCGAAGAAGAAGAAGAAGCACAAUCCGAACCCAGACGCUCCGACUGACUCAGCCUCGUUUGGGAAGUCGGAAACAAACUCACACAGAGACAGCACGCAGAGUGACACGUGUCCGCUGGCGGCUGAGGAGAGUGUCAGCAGGAAUCGUUCAGGUUCAAAACAGAACGGUGAUGCAAAUGUGGCCCUUUCAGAGGAGGAGGGCUGCAGCCUGACCCAGCCGCUGUCCCCCAGUGAGAAGUGGUCCCUGCGGUGCACCCGAGGGCGAGACAAGAAUAAGAAAGAGGCCACCUGCUUCCUCCUGACAUCAGGAGACCCACCUGUCCGUACUGACCUCUGUAAAGACAUGCUCGCUGCCACUGGAAACUACGCUCAACCCGAGGUCACCACUCUGACCUGAUGCUGACUGGCCACCAGGAGGAAGAAGAGUGUGAACCCGCGAUGGAGUCCAAGCCGUGCAGAGAUUCAUCCUGAUUUCUUUUCUGUCCUGAACUGCAGACCUGAUUCUUUUCAUGUCAGGACAAAGUCUUGUUGUGUUCAUUAGUUUCGGUCAUACAUCCUGGACCUUGUGGUGCUGCAAAGCAGAUUUGCCAUAGGUGCACUCAUUUACAUGUUACAGAGCAUUUUGCAUGCAUGAUCUAUUAUUGUAAAAUGUACUGUACCAUUAAUUCACUGUUAAUACACUUAACAGUCACUGGUUGUCGUAAAGACCCCGAGAGUGUAUUUUUUUUUCUUGACCGGUGAAGUUUCUGCCAGAGUUGGAAGAGUUUCACGCGAGGGAUUUUGUUUCUCUGUUUUUAUCUGAAUUCUUCUCACUGGUAUGAUGAGAAAUGUGACAUAUUCCCAUCCAGCAAACAGGAUUUAGCAACAUUUGAAUCUGCAUCAGUAUUUGGUCACUGUUAAUCAAAUCUCAUCAAACCACAGAGUCCUGACGGAUCUUAUUAGCAGAGUUUUAGGUCUUUAGACUUUAAAUAUAUAUUUUUCCCACUUCAGCUUAUUUACUCAUGAAUGUUUCAUGUUAUAGAGGACAGGUUGAGAUAUUUCAGGGGCUGUAAUCAUGAGGCUGUCGCUUUUAAUUACUUGGCAGCCUUUUACGCUCAUGAGAUUUGGCGUUUGUUUUGUGUGUUUGUCUGUUCAUGUUUGUAGUCCUAUGUACAGAAACAGUCUCUUUGAGCUCUUUUUGAAACUCAAAACACUGCCUUGUCGUUUUGGAUUCAUGUCUUAUAUCCAUAAAUGUCAUCAACUGUCAAGUAAGAACAUCAAGACACUUGGGAAUAUGAGUCUGUACAGCUAAACUGUAACUGUGAACUAGGAUUAGAUGAAAACUUGAAAUCAUUUGUUUGAUCCUCGACCGAACAGACCCCGAGUUCUUUGUUGAUCAUCCGGCUCUGCCUUCUGUCGUUACCACUGCUUCUUAACACUGACCAGAGGGACACAGCGUAGAUAUCCUGUCGAGGGGACACAGCCGUGGUUAUGAAUGCUGCUCAGGCAACACAUUGUUUCUAAAUCCUUGUACAAUAAGAGAAAAAAAGGAGCAGUAUUGCCUGUCUUUUACAUUAGCCGCAUACAGUUGAUGCAUCAUUACGGUUGAGUCAGGACCAAAGACUCCAGUAGAUCACAUGGUAGAUUUUCAGUACCAUUGUCAAUAAAACACACACUCAGUGCAAUGCCAUCAGUUCCACUUGUGCCUCAUGUUGAGUGAUGGAGCUUAGAUAUGUGCAGUAACCUCCUUAGAUUUGGUUGGAUUUGUAGAAACCCUCUGAAGUAGCAGAAGGAAUGUUUCUUUCACUCGUGACUUAUAUAAUAUGUUCCUUGUGGUCGACCAUAGUGGCCUUAUGUUUAAUGAACAAAGAGAAACUUCAUUUCAUCUUCAUUAGACUCUGUUUCUCUGCUGACCCACAGCUCUGUAAUUAUGUAAAAGCACAGUUUCACGUAUGUAGCACAGGACAAUAUUCUGGAUCAUUCCUUUGACUGUGUUCUCCUCCUCUCUGUGUGACGUGUGUACUAACCAUGAAAUAGCAGAUUAUCAUUUUGAUUAUUCCCAUUUUUAGCCUCAUUUCCUCUUUUGCUCUGUUGUAUAUAUACUCGAAUGUGAUGGGGAAGCGCACAGCACGUCAAUUUCAUUUCUCCCUAUUAUGGAUUGUAUAGGUGACUGUUAUGGUGUCAGAUGUGUGCGUGUGAGGGAGUGUGUGCGAGUGUGUGUGUGUUGUAUAA